CAUUGUCGUGGCUAUUCUCUCCCGCUCGUUUAUUUGAUUGUGGAAGAACUAAAUACAGCCUUUCUCAUAAUGUGUGGCCAGACGUUUCUUCACUAUCCCGAGCGAUCGUACAACGACAUUCUAUUGGUAUUACUUGCAGUGCUGAAUAUUAUAAUUUCUUUGGUUGCAAUGCCGAGUAACUUCCUUGUCAUUCACACGAUUGUAAAGCGACCAUCUCUUCGAACGGCUUCUAACAUUUUAAUCCUAAGUUUAGCUGUUUCUGACUUUGGAGUUGGUUUAAUAACCCAGCCAGCUUUCUGUGUUUAUAAAUUGGCAGAAUUGAAACGUAAUAUUGGUUUAUUUUGUGCAUCUUAUUGGGUUUAUAUGAUAACCCUUUUUUCGUUUGGCUCUGUUUCCUUUGCUACACUCACAGCCAUUACUUUAGAUCGCUUUCUUGCUGUUUAUCUUCAUCUGCGGUACCAACAAAUAGUCACAAUUCAACGAUAUGGAAUACUAGUUGCUUCGCUUUGGCUUUGCAGUGUACUCACUGCUUUGGCCAAAAUAUUUGCCGAGAGCUGGGUACCGAGCAUUUUUGGUGGUUUGUUUUUAAUUGGUGGCCUUCUCGUCAACUUUGUCUGUAUAUUCAAAAUAUCAAGAAUUGUUCAACGACAUUCACGACAAAUACGCCAACAAGAAGCAUCAGUGCAGAUCCAUGCCCAACAGCAAUCAGUACAACAGUCUAUAGACAUGCGCAGAUACAAGAAAUCCGUCAACACUGUGUACUGUGUGAUAUUCGCUUUUGUACUAUCCUAUGUCCCUACUAUCGUAGUUUUAAUACCAUAUUACGUAGUUCAGGAAUAUACUAGGACUAUCCGUUUGCUGUUUGGAUUUGCUGAGACCUUUAUCAUGUUCAAUGGUGUACUAAAUCCAAUCAUUUAUUGCUGGAAAGUUAAAGAGAUACGCAGGGCAGCUCGCGCCGUAUGGAGAAGAAUGGGGUGUAAAGAGGAGAUAGAGACACUUGGACAAACGUCAGAUGGCUAGGGCAUUUAGGUCCGCUGUAAUGUGUUAUAUUAGAUGUACAUUAACUGAAAACAUAAUGAAUUCGCGUUUUGGUGCCUUUUUGUUGAUGCUUUUGUUAUUGGUGGUCAGUGGCGUAGCGAGGCGGGGGGCAAUCUCCCCCCACUCGAAAUUGAGA